GAAGAAUAUUUGAUAGAGAAAUAAUUGUCAUUUUAAUUGAAGGGCAAUUUACAGUCAAUUUCAUUACUAGAGCUACCAAUUAUCUAACAACUUUCGUAAGUCAUUGUCAACGUAAAUUCUAUAAAGUAAUAUUUGAUUUUAUUGAUUGGCAAUGGCUGUAUUGCCAGAAGCAUUUUUCAUGCUCACUUCUAUUGGACUUUGGAAGUCAAAAAAGUGGGAAACAUGGAAGUGUAUACUUUAUUAUAGUUACACAUUAUUUCUGGCUUAUCAUUUUGUUACUUUCUUUUGUUUUGGAUUCUUGGGAUUGAUACUUUUUUGUACCGACUUUAUUGAUUUAAUUACCAACUCUUCUAUAGUCAUCACAAUGUUCACUGUACCUGGAAAAAUGAUUACAAUUAUUGAUAAUCGAAAAAAGAUCUUGAACUUUGUAAAAAUUUUUGAUCAGAAAGAAUUUAAACCUCGAAAUGAAUAUGAGAAAGAGAUAUGCAAUCAAUACGACAGAUUUAUUAGCCAACAAAGUGGUUCAUUACCUUUCAAAGCGUGGUAUCCUUAUAAUACUCAGUCAUCAAAUAUUCACUUAUUUACAUCGUAUCAGCAAGUUAUUACAGUAUUCAUGUGUGCUAAUGUCCAUGUGGCAUUUGAUGCUGUACUUUUGGGAAUGAUGGUACAAAUUUGUUUACAAAUAAAUAUUUUAAAAUAUCGUUUCAAAAAAAUGCUCCUCCAAUUAGAGGAAACCAAUGUUCUACAAGAUCAAAGCAUCAUAGAUCAUAAAAUCAUCGAAAAAAAAGUUUUUAUGGAUUACACUAAAUUUCACAGCACUAUUCUUAGUAUGGUUGAUAACAUGGUGGAGAUUUUUUCCUUUAUCAUGCUAGUUCAAUUUUUUUGCAGCUCUUUAAUUUUUUGUACCAGUGUUUAUGUUUUAUCACAAACACCAGUAUUUACAACAGAUUUUUUAGCUUGCCUUGUAUAUAUUAUCUGUAUGUUUUUUCAAGUAUUCUUUCCAUGCUAUAUUGGAAAUCAAAUGACGAUUGAGUUUUCGGAGUUAAACAAUGCCCUGUAUAGUACCAACUGGUAUGCAUUGGGCACUAAUGUCAGAAAAUACAUGAAUUUUAUUAUGACAAAAUCAUCUAAGCCUGUUGUAUUCUCAACUGGACAUAUAAUUGCCUUGUCACUAGAUGCAUUCAAAAAUCUCUUGAAAAUAUCUUAUACAAUUUUCAAUGUUUUUCAAAAAUCGUCUUGA